AUGAUCAUAGCCGACAGAACCCAAUCCCGAGUAAGCGCUUCAGAUUGGAUGAGGGAGUUUAUACUGGGUCAAGGGGGGCUGCACUGGACUGGGGGGUUGUACUACCUUAGCCCCCAAUUUAGUUCAAACUUUUGUUCCUCCGAACACACAAAUCGCAAUGUUUCAUCUCGCCGGACCUUGCCCCAGGUACCAACGCCUCUGAUCUCCGCUCCGCCCACUUAAGCCACGUGUUGAAACGUAUUUGCACGCGGUUAUUCGUGGCCUUAUCUCGUAAAUAAGCCUACAUAGAACAGCCCAACGCUUCUUCCCCACUUGAAGACCAUUAUCAUUCAUUUUGCAGCGAUAAAAAAUGAUCGGGAAUCACGUUGUGCACACGCGCCGAAAGCGGGGCCUGUAUAAAUACGAAAAGAAAUGUUAUUAUUUGUCUCAUUUCAGGAGAUAGAAGAGAGAUGCUAUCGCGUCUUGCACCGAGUUCCAGGGCCGCUGUGGCUGCCACGGUCAGAUGCGCUUCCUCGAUUCCACAGCCCAUCGAACAGUUUGAUGACUUCACCACAAAGGUAUGGGUAGUUUCAAUCGGUUCUAAACGGAUGAAAUUAGCCAUUCAAAAGUAUUUCUUACUAUCAAAGACUUUCAAAAGAUGUAGUCAGAAGAGCUUUCUCAUAAAAAUAAAAGAUAUAAAUUAGUACCGUCACUUUAGAUCUUCAUCAACAACGAAUGGCGUAACUCCCGUUCCGGCCGCACUUUCCCAACGCUGAACCCGGCUACUGGAGAGAAGAUCACCGACAUUCAAGAAGGAGAUGCCGCUGAUAUUAACGAUGCUGUUGAGGCGGCCAAAAAGGCCUUUGAGUUGGGAUCGCCAUGGAGAACAAUGGAUGCUUCGGAUCGAGGAAGAUUACUCUACAAGUUGGCAGACUUAAUGGAACGGGACAAAGUUUAUUUGUCGGUGAGUGUAACCGUACUGGCAGACUCAAUGCAAUACUAUAAAGGCGGGUCAUACAUGUUCUUUUAGAGUCUGGAAACCUUAGACAAUGGAAAACCUUACGCCGUUUCGUAUCUGGGAGAUCUGCAUCUUUCCAUUGAAUGUUAUAGGUAAGAUAUUACCCAAAUUAUCAUCUCAUAAAGCAGGAGACGAUGACAGCACUUUUGUUUUAGAUACUACGCCGGAUGGGCGGACAAGAUCGAGGGUAAGACCAUCCCAGUCCGAGGCAAAUACUUCACCUACACCCAGCAUCAUCCAGUUGGGGUUGUCGGGCAAAUCAUCCCCUGGAACUUCCCCCUUCUCAUGCAAGCCUGGAAACUGGGCCCAGCCUUGGCUGCCGGUAACACGGUGGUCAUGAAGACGGCCGAACAAACUCCUCUGACCGCUCUUCACGUGGCCAAAUUGGCGGCCGAAGCUGGAUUCCCUCCGGGUGUUUUGAACAUUGUCCCUGGCUAUGGCCCAACCGCUGGCCAUGCUUUGGCUGCUCAUCCCGAUGUCCAGAAAGUCGCUUUUACGGGAUCUACUGAGGUCGGUAGAUUGAUCAUGUUGGCUGCGGCCGAGAGUAAUUUGAAGAGAAUUACUCUGGAAUUGGGAGGAAAAUCACCAAAUAUUGUCUUUGCUGAUGCUGAUUGUGAGUUCAUUUUGCACAGUUCUUUUGAAUGGCUUACUGAUAGCCUGCUGCAUUUAUCAUGUUAUGAACUUUCAAUUUGCAGUGGAUCACGCCGUCAACACCACUUCUCAAGGCGUUUUCUUCAACCAAGGCCAGACUUGCAGUGCAGGAACAAGAGUUUUUGUUGAAGGCAAAAUCUACGAUGAAUUUAUCGCCAGAGCCAAGGCCUUGGCUGAAAGCCGGAAACUAGGAAAUCCCUUCCUUCCCACCACCGAACAAGGCCCUCAAGUUGAUCAAGAACAGCUCUCUCGGAUCCUGAACUACAUUAAUAUCGGAAAAGAUGAGGGCGCUCAAUUAGUCGCAGGAGGUGCUCGACAUGGAGAUAAAGGCUACUUUGUUCAGCCAACUGUCUUUGCGAAUGUCGACAACAACAUGAAGAUUGCGCAAGAAGAGAUCUUCGGUCCCGUCAUGUCCGUAAUCAAAUUCGACGAUAUCAAGGAUCUGAUCAGCAAGGCCCAUGCCUCCAUUUACGGUCUGGCAGCUGGUGUGAUCACGAAGGAUGUGAACAAGGCCAUCUACAUGGCCAACAGCUUGGAAGCUGGUACUGUCUGGGUCAACUGUUACAAUGUUUUUGAUGCCGCCGCACCCUUCGGCGGCUUCAAACUGAGUGGAAUUGGACGUGAAUUGGGAGAAUAUGCCCUCGAAAACUACACCGAGACUAAGUGCGUAACGAUCGCCAUCCCGGAGAAGAACUCUUAA